CACAACCUCAGAACCCGCUCGCCGUACGCUGCGAGUACUCCUCACGCAUUAAUGGGUUGAGACCGGCUCCAAUCUUCACUAAACUCCCUUUUUCGCAUUCGUCACCCAGGCCAGGACUCCGUCCCAAUGUCGUCCUCACAGCCUCCGCAAAACGGCAAUGCAGACUCCCUAGGGAAAUCCUCAGCAAAGCCAUUUUCCCUCUCACUAGGCGGCGGAAACUCUACCACAACACCAGCAAACGGCCAGCCGAAAAAGACAGCCUUUAAUAUCCAGGGCUCAACGCGCUCCACUGACUCGUCCAGCCGAACCCUCGCCCGCCGACCUCACCACCUCCACGAUGACGAAGACUCGGACGAAGAAGCACCGCCCGCCCACGAAGCUGUCACCGGGUUUGACACCUUAACCGGAACCGCCAUUCCCGCAGACAAGCCUGCCGAAAAGCGCGAACUAGUUAUCCCCGUCGCGGGGAACAAUAACUGGCGAGACCGACCGGGCGUGAACGUCCGGAAACCCAAGGGAAAGAAUCUCCUCCCAAAGGAAGUCCAAGCGAUUCAGGAGGCACAGAAACGGGGUGAAGUUGCGGGCCAGAAUGUUGAGACGGAACGGCCAAGUAUGGCCUUUGGUUUGACUUUCGCGCAGCGGGAUUCAGAGCAGGUGGCGGGGGAUAAUGAUCGACCCAUGGAGGAUGCUCCUGAGCCUGCUGCUACCGCUGUGGUUGAGGAACGAAAGCCGCUUACCCAGGAUGAAAUUGCUUUACAGGCGCUGAUCCGGGAGACGAAUGGGGAGCCGGAGAGGAGGUCGGAUCUUAUUAUUGAGUCGGCGAAUCGGGAUGAUGGUGAUGAUCGCGCGGGUGGGCGAUAUGAUGAGACGACUUCAUUUCGGGCUGAUAUUGCUUCGCGUCCGGAGUCUGCGAGCCUCGAUCAGUAUAAUGCAAUUCCCGUGGAGGAGUUUGGCGCGGCCCUGCUUCGUGGCAUGGGGUGGAAGGAAGGUCAGGCUGUCGGAAGAGGAAAAUACGGCGGUGCUUCUGGGAACCAGGAUAAUAAGCCCCGAGUUCCGGAGCGUCGGCCUGGGUUCUUGGGAAUUGGAGCGAAGGAUGCGUCCGGAGGGAAGGGUGCAGAGGCUGAGCUCGGUGCAUGGGGAAAGUCUGCGAUGCGCAAGGGGUCCAGAAAGUCAGGAAAAGAGGGCGAGACCAAUACGGAGGGCGUUUAUAUGCCUAUCAUGAUGCGGAAUACGAAAACAGGCGAGUUCAUAACAGAGGAGGAGCUCGCGGUUCAACGGAAAGAGGCCAAGAAACGGGGCGAUGACGAUGAGUGGAAAGAAAGGCGUGACCGCAACUUGGAAAAGAGUGGACGCGAUAGAGAUCAUGAUCGUGACUCCCGGCGCCGCGAUUACGAUGACGAUGAUCGUGAUCGCUAUGACAGACGGCGGACAGGGUCCUCGAGGAGAGAUCGGAGCUUGUCGUCCAGCGACCGACACUCAAGGAGGCGCAGAUACGGGGAUGAAGAUAGCGACAGUCGAGAUGACCGCCACUAUCGGGACCGAGACCGUGAUCGGGAUCGUGACUCUCGCCGGGAUCGGGAUCGAAAUGGGGACCGGGAUCGAGAUCGCGAUAGGGAUAGAGAUCGGGACCGAGACCGCAGCAGACGGCAUCGCGAUGACGAUCGCUAUUCGAGCUCAAGGCAGUCGUCGUCGCAUACAUCGAGUAGACAUCGUGACCGGGAUCGAGAGCGCGAUAGCGAUCGCGACUCGUACCGGAGGAGAGACGAUGAUCGAUGAAUGAAUAGCUCUUAUUCUUGCCCCCCUCCCCCCCCCUCCUAUAGAGAGAUACAAAAUUUCCGCAUGUCAUUAUUCUGAUACCAUUUUGUGCGUUUAUAAAAGACAGGUGGGGAUGGUUGCAUGGCUGGCAAAAAACAUCCUUGAUAUGGACUUCAAGAGUGACGCUGAUGAUGUUAAUGAUCUAUGAAUGUCUCGUUCCACAAACAUGUAGUUUAAGGUCUGAACAGCUUCUAUUUGAAGCAGGUAUUGUAUCAUCCAAGAGACAAAACUUUUAUACCAAAACAAUAAGACAGCAGCAACAAUACUCCUCCACUGAAAGCGCCAGCAUACCACGGUAUUUGCAAACAUGCAGAU